GGAUGACUCUUCAAGGAAAAUAAAGUGUCUAUUUUCAAAUUAUGAACAAUCCAAUCACUGCUUGAGCUUAUAUGAGAUACUCAUUCAAGCCAAAAUCAUUACACGGGAUUGAGCUUGUACAACGGUUGUGGCUCGAUUUGGACCUGUCGAUCGCGUUAAAAACAUGAAAAGUUUGAUUGCCUUGGCAUUACUUGGCCUUGCAGCCAGGGUUUACAGCAAGGAAUGCUUUGUGGGGAAAGUUUUUGCAACGGAGGAUAUGACCUCCGGGACAUGCACAAAGACUUGCCCCGAAGCUAGCGGUAACUCACACAGGGCUGGAUGUAGUCGGAUAAAGAAUUGCGGCAAGCAUUUCACGGGAUGGACAAGGGGCUGGGUAAGAUGUGACAUUUGCCAGUGCGAUUGCUAUAAAGAAUGUGGCAGUAACGAGAAAUGUCGCAUUGCAUCUGGUAACACCGUGAGACGUGU